CGCGCCGGAGCCAUGUGUGUAUUGUUUAAACUGCUCAAAUCGGAGUGAGUUUUCGGGGUGACAAAAACUUCCACCACAGAGCGUGAUGGCGGCUGCCGUGUCUGUUAGCACAGCUGGCAAGGAGGAGAGCACAGACACCGGGCUCAGUUUCGCUUUUCGUCCAACUACCGGGAAUUAUGACCUCGCUCUGGAUCAGGACAACUGGAUGUCCGAGGAUCCGCGGUUUUCCGAAUCCGUGCCCGAAGAGGAGGACGGGGCACCGGGCCGCGAGUGUCAGCGGAGGGUCGAGGAGGACUUGACAACACUGAGCACCGAAGAGAUUGAGAGUCGCCUGGAGAGAACUCGUCGGGAGUUUUACAACCGGAGGAAGAUAAUUAUCAAAAAUUUACCCUGCGACAUUACUAAUCAGGAGGUCCAUGAGCUGUUGAGCAACUAUGAUUUAAAGUACUGCUUUGUUGACAAAUACAAGGGCACAGCGUUUGUAACGUUACUCAAUGGGGAGCAGGCCCAGUGCGCCAUCAAGGAGUUCCACCAACACAUCCUACGGGACAGGGAGAUCUCCGUGCAGCUCCAGCCAACUGAUGCUUUACUGUGCAUUGCCAACUUACCUCAAGUCUUUACCCAGCAGCAGUUUGAGGAACUGGUGCGACCGUUUGGAAACUUGGAGCGCUGUUUUCUGGUGUACAGCGCCACCACGGGGCACUCUAAAGGCUACGGCUUUGUAGAGUACAUGAAGAAGGACUCCGCCGCCAGGGCCAAGUCCGAACUCUUAGGAAAGCAGCUGGGCUCCCGUAUGCUGUACGUCCACUGGACCGAGGUGGGCACGCUCACCUACCCCCUGCUGCAUUCCAAGUGUCUGUGUGUGGACCGUCUGCCGGCGAGCCUGCUGACAGCCCAGGACCUCCGCAGUGCCCUGGCUGAUACCCACGCUCCUGUUUUCUGCCAGUUGGCUCAGGGACAAGACGGAAGUUUCCGGCGUUUUGCUGUGUUGGAGUUCACCACUGCAGAGAUGGCUGAGGAAGCACAGCGACUCACAGAUGGCAGGCUGCUGGGCGGGACGCACAUCAGGGUGUCCUUCUGUGCCCCGGGCCCUCCUGGAAGAAGCAUGCUGGCAGCUCUGAUCGCUGCACAAACCAUGGCUGUAAACCGAGGAAAAGGUCUCCUUCCUGAUCCCACGGCUUUACAGAUCCUGUCGGGUCUCAAUAACCCCGCCGCACUCAAGAUGCUGUUCAACCCUCUGCUGCAAGGAAACAAACAAGGCUUACUAGGGGCAGCCCCCGCGAUGCCACUGCUGGCGAACCCAGCUCUGUCAGCUGCCCUGCUUCAGAUGCUCCUUCAGAACCAGGCCAAGGCCCAGCAGGCCGGACUCAUUGGGGAGAAUCCUCUGGCUGCUCUGCCCGUCCAGCAGGGACUCCAUCUGCUAGGAGACCUCCCUCAAGGCGGUGGGGUACCAGGGCUGGGUCUCCAGACAGAUGCCCGGUCUCAAGUGAGACAAAUGCCACCGAGCAGAAGCAUGUCACUGGAGGAUUCCCCGACAUCAGCGUGCGGCUUCCCCCAGAGUUCCCCUCCCACGCAACCAGGCAUUUCCAUGCCCCUCAUGGGUGGCAUGGUGGGGGCAGAUGGCCUGGCAGCACAAGGGGUCCUAACUGAUCCUUUGAAAGAUGUUAAUCUUCACCAGAGUGCCUAUCUCCAUGUCGGCAAUGGUUUUGCUUCUGGUGCGAGCUGCAGACCUCACCCUUACAGGAAGAGGCUGGGUAACGUUUCUAACCAGCACAUGCAUCACAGCAUGCAGCCAAGCUAUAACUUGCGUUACCAGGAUUCCUACAGCCCUGAAUACUCCUCCAUACAUCAGGAUCCCUUAGCCCACUUGUACGAACAGCAGGAGAACCUUGAUGCCGGAGCCUUGGCAGGAUUCAGCCAGCAGCUCUCCUACCAACCUGGCUACGAGCGCUUUCCUCACUACGCUCAUCCUCCCAGUCCAGACAUGUCUUCCUAUUUCAGCUCAGGACCAGAGGCUUCCAGUAACGGCAGCCUCCCUUCUUCCCAUCUGAAUAGAGCUGUUGGAACGCCUCCUGUGAGCCACAACGACUAUCCCCCAGGUUUGGGCAAUCCUGCAAAGACUCCCAUUGGAAGCCACAAGCGCGUGUUCUCCAGGCUCAUCCCGUCACCAGAACCGAGCCCUGAGGGCGGCUACGUUGGACAGCACUCUCAGGGCCUCGGCGGUCACUACGCAGACUCCUACCUGAAGCGUAAACGUAUAUUCUGAGCAGGUACCUCUUCCAAGAGACUCGGCAGUCUGGUAGUCUCCUGUGAACUCUGCGAGUGACCCCUGGAGGGCGCCGAGGAGUGAACCCAAAGAUGUCUGAACCCAUGUUUAUCCCUACGGCAACUCUGUGGAUUCUUUUCUUUGCUUCCCCCAAGCAAGUCUGUUUAUUUCGUUUUACUGGGUUUUGUAAAUUAACAUUUUACCUUUCUUUUUUUUAAUUUUUGCUUUUAAUUUUUUCAGUUAAACUUGUACAGUGAAAAAAAUUAAGUAGUCUCUUUUUUCCCCUUUUGUUUUGUGUUUUGUGGCAAAUCUGCAAAAAUUCUGGCCAGUUUAUAACAUUUUUUUUUUUAUUUUAUGCAUCUCACUAAAGUGAUAGUGUCCACAAGUUCAGGCAAUUGUGUCAAAACCAGCUUUAUUUCAGAGGCUUUAUCUUUUUAAAAGGACUCUUUGAAUUUGAUGUAAAAAAGUUCUGUAUUCUGUUUGCGAUUGUGUUUUGUGUCAU